UUCUGAAACCUUAACUAUUUGCCGAAAAACAUGUAAAUAUGCAGGCGUCUCAGCGACAAGACCGAACUGGAAAAACAAAGCAAUGUGGUUGAAAACGUUAACAACCUCCCCUCUUUCGGGAAUCGCUGUUUUGGUCCUUCUCUUCGCUCUCCUUCUCAGAUUUUACAUUAAAUUCGACACCACGCAGAGAUUGUUCAGUGCUGAAGAACUUGCAUUGUUCAAUGGAACGGAUGAAGGGUUGCCAAUCCUUCUAGGAAUUCUUGGAUCUGUUUUUGAUGUAACGAAGGGAAAAUCUCAUUAUGGUUUAGCAGGGGGCUACAAUCAUUUUGCUGGAAGGGAUGCUUCUCGCGCUUUUGUCUCUGGAAAUUUCACAGGAGAUGGUCUCACUGACUCAUUGCGCGGUCUAUCAAGUACUGAGGUGAAGAGUAUUGUCGAAUGGAGGGAUUUCUACUCUAGAACUUAUGAGUAUGUUGGCAAGCUAGUCGGUCGAUACUAUGAUAGCCAAGGGAGUCCUACUAAAUAUUUGAGAGGGGUUGAAGCAAAGGCUGCCAGAGGUGCACAGCUUCUAGAAAAGCAAAAGAUUGAAGAGGCUAAACAACCUGUGUGCAAUUCGAGAUGGAGUCAAGAUGAGGGUGGUGAGGUAUGGUGUGAUGUUGGCCACCCUAGGUUGGUUCAGAGGCCACUAGAAAUUGCUUUGACUGGUAAGAUGAGUAAGCGUUGUGCAUGCUUUGAAGAUUCUCAGUUGGGCCAACCUGGUUUAGAAUUAUAUGAAGGUUGUGACUACCAUGCUACCAGGUGCAAAGUAUAGUCAGGAAUCAAACACCAAUGGGGGAAUAUUUUUUAGUAUGCGAGUGUUUGAUUUCUGUAUAUUAAAAGGUUAGUUUAGUUAAGUUGGUAAUUAUUUUGUACCUGGUUAUAUUUGGAUGCAUAGUUUAGUCAACUUUUAGUUGGAUAACAUAAGUUAGAAUGACUAAAAAUAAUUUAUUUAUGAAAAAAUAGAGACUAUCUUAACAAAAUAUUUUAUAGGGAUUAAGUCAAAAUUAUGCAAUUUUUAUGGAGAUCAAACAAUUAAUUAAGCCUAUUUUCAAUCGGGGAUAAUCACUUUUUUCUUACAGUCGGGUUUAAAAUUUGUGCUAUCUGUCUGCACUUUAUAGUAUACUAUACUAGUUACUAGCCUCCUUGUGACCAGAAAACAAGUAAUAUAUGCCUAUAUUAACAUUAAUGUACUUUUAAAUAAUAGGGUAUUUCUUUGCUAAGAAAUAAAUCGAUAUAAAUAAUUGUUUACGUUGUGC